AUGGCCGACACAGCAGUAGCAAAGAAGCUUCAACCGAGCCGUAAAGGAAAGAAGGCAUGGAGAAAGAACAUUGACAUGGAGCCCGUUGAAGAGGGUCUUGAAUCCAACAGAGAAGAAGAAAGAGUCAGAGGCAAGGUGUCGGAUGGUGACGACCUCUUUACUAUUGAUACAACGGGUGAUGCUGCAGUACGAAGACAAGUUGCCAAAGAUCGACCUCUACGAGUUGACGAGAUUUUGAACCAACGAUCGGCUGUUCCUGGUGUUACCAAUCGUGUCAGAAAGCCUGUACAAGAAAAGACCAUCUCCAAAUAUACAAAGCAACAAAUCGACAAGAUUGCAAAGCGCAAAAGUCAACAGGACGCUUCACCAUUACCGAAAAAGAAGAGCAAGCGCUCAACUACACCUUCGUAUGACAUGUGGGGAGAUGAACCUGCUGCAGAGCCUGUUGAAGAGAACAGCUAUCUCGAUGUUGUCAAGGAACGCAAAGUCAACGCUCCUGUCACCCUCAAAAGAAAGCCAACCGCAGCAGUACAUCAACCAGCCGUUGCCGUACCACAUGCUGGUGCAUCAUAUAACCCAACAAUGGAAGAUCAUCAAGCCCUUUUGAGACAAGCACAUGAGAUGGAAGAGAAGAAGGAGGCCGAGUCUCUCAAGUUGAAGGAGAAGCUUUCUUAUCGCAAAGAACUCGACGACAUCGCCCAUGAACUCGAGCAAUCAUUAGAGGAUGAGGAUGAGGAAUCAGCACCUGAAUCGGACCAUGAUGAGGCUGAUGAUGCAGUACAACAAAGCAACAACAAGGAAGCCAAGCGAAAGACAAGAGCACAGCGAAACAAGGAAAAGCGUGUGAGGUUGGAGCAAAUCAUGAACAAGAAGAAGCAGCAUGAAAAGGAGAUCCGCAAGCAAAUUGAUCACUUGAAUCAGAUCGAAGAGGAAGUCAAGCAGCAUCAGGAAAAGUUGAAGGCAAUGGCUGAAAAGCGACAGGAGACCAGAGAAUAUAUCGAGAAGGAAGGCGUAAAGCGAUUAGGCAAGCACUACGUCAAGGAACGAGCCAUUGAUGUUCAAUUACAAGAUGAAUUAAGUGAGUCCUUAAGGCAACUCAAGCCCGAAGGAAAUCUAUUGCAUGAUCGACAACACAGCCUUCAAAAACGCAACAUUAUCGAGCCCCGAGUAGAAGUCAAGCCAUUCAAAAAGUAUACACCAAAGGUAUACGAGAAGCGAUCUUAUAAACAGUUUGAUGCCAAGCAUAGCAAAUAG